AUGAAUAAAGAUUCAAAUAUACGCUAUAGUGUGCCAUCAUUGAAAUCAAUAGAAGAAUCACCAUUUUGUCAAACAUGUAUAAAAAAUCAUUCAUUUAUUGUCAAUUCUCUAGCAUCUUAUCUUCCCUCCGAAGACCAUCCGGAUUACCAUGUUUACUUAUCAGCAUUUCCAUUAUAUCGGGCAUUUUUGGAAGAACAAUAUCCCGUAGUAUGUGAUCUCUGUUCUUCUCGUGUACAAGAACAUUUAGCAAAAAAGAAUUAUAUUGCAAAAUCCAAUACUCUUGCAGGAUGGCUUUUGAAUAGUAAAAAAACGAUUGAUUCAAAACGUAGUUUACCUCAAUCGUUUUUACGGAUCCGUCUUUUUAUUUGGGGUUUACGGGGCAUAGGAUGGUGGAUAGUUACAUGUUCUAUGGUUGUGUAUUAUAUUUUAGGCACUUUUAUUCCAAGUGUUUUUUUAAAAAGUCCAUCUCAAACAACUUCGUUUUGGAAUAUAAAAUUUCUUUCUCAAUGUUUAACAAUAGCUUUUCAUAGGAAAAAAUCUUUUAAUAAUUGUUUACUUUUUUAUAAACUUUUUAUUAGGAAAUCAAUAAUCUGGGGUAUUUUUGUUAUUUUAUGGGAUUAUACCUGGGUUUCGCAAAUUUUGAAACCAGAUCAUCGUGUUUUUGGGAAGAAUUAUUAUUAUAUAUGUCAAAUAUUUAUUCAUAUUAUUCGUGCUGCAGCUGAAUUUAUAGUCUCUGAACGAAUAUCAGAUACUUCAAUUUAUUCAAAAAUUAAUAUUGCUCUUUUUUUUAUUUCUAUGGCUCAUUUGGCAUUAACAUUUAAAUGUGUUUACCUUAUUCCUCCUAUAUCGAUUAGUUUAUAUGAUUCAAAUUCAAAAGAUCUACCAAUAGAAAAUGAACAAAAGACAAAUACUGAAUUUAAAACAAUGGAAAAAAUAUCUUGUACAGAUAAACAUGAUAAAAAUUUAUCACCUUUAACUAUUAAUCAUAAUCCAAAAGGAGAUCAAUAUGAUACAGAUUCUUGCGAUGAUUCUAUGCAAUUAGAUCCACCUGAAUCAUUACCUCUUAGAAUGGAUUCAAAAGAUAUUCAUAUAUAUAAUUCAUCAUUUAGUUUUCCUAAAGGAAUAAGUUUACCAAUGUCGCCAUCUAGUGCAUUUAUUCAUUCUAAUAUUCAUCAAUCGAAUAAAAGUUUUAAUUCUCAGAACUAUUUCCUAAAAUCAAAAUCCAGUCUAUUCAAAACUGAUCAAAAAGAAAGUGAUGAUGAAAUUGCGCCUCAGAGAUUUUUUGCUCCAGAAGCAAGAUUAGAAACUAUUUUCUCUCCUGCCUUAAGACUUGAUGAUGAACCAUUAAUUGUGCGUGCUUUAAGAAUAGUUAAACAUCGUAAAUUACAAUGGAUAGAAAUAAUUUCAUUAUUUUGGACUCUCGAGAUAAUCAUUAUUAAUAUUUUAAAUUUGGGAAGAAUUUCAUAUUAUUCUUCUUUCAUAGGUUCAUUUGGUAUAACAUUUAGUCUAGGAAGCAAUUUCUGGUUUCUAAAGAGGGCAUAUAUAAAAUUAAUUUUUAUUGGAACAAUAAUUUCGUUUUUUUAUUAUCUUUUUAUUUAUAUUAAUCAUUAUAAAAAUUUUGAAACAUUUCUACAAACAUCAAAGACAUUCUUUUUGUGUAAUGCUUUGAUUACUGGGUUCUAUUUUUGCUACAGUUUAAGAAUAUUAUGGAUUAUGCACUCUUCUUGGAAUCAUAUACCUUCAAAAACAAAGCAAAAAUCAACACGGAAACAUCAAAAUAAAAUAUGGGGUAGUUAUACUUAUAACAAAUAA